CUCGUGCAUUCAACAUCGCGAAUAACACAAUGACAACAAUUGAUGCGCGCCGCGGUGUGCAUCUUCCUCUAUCCCUUGCCCGCUUGAGCUGCAUCGCAUCUCGCCGUCCGCAAGGGCGUGUCUCUUCGCCAUGCCCGGCGCCUCGGCAAAACUUGCCGCGGCCAACAUGACUUCCCCGGCGAAGAGGAAACGCGAACGGGAUGCAGAUGAUGGUGGCGGCAGUGCAGAGCACGACAAUUCGCUGACGACGACCAAUUUCCGAAAUGUGUCGGCAUGCAACCGUUGUCGGACGAGGAAGAAUCGGUGCGACCAGAAGUUGCCGCGGUGUAGUGGGUGUGCAAAGGCGGGCGUCAAGUGUGUCGGAUUCGAUCCGGUAUCGAGGAGGGCAAUCCCGCGGAGCUACGUGUACUACCUCGAAACCCGCGUGCGCAAUCUAGAAGCGCUGCUUCAGACCAAUGACUUGCCCAUCCCGCCGCCCGAAGAGGACUUUGCGAUCAACGAUGACAUCAAACCCGGCAAGAACGUGCCUUUCCCCGUCUUGGACCACGAACCCAGUCCGGCAGAUCAAGACAGCAUAGAGCCACAGCACGAUCGAGGAUGGCACAUUGAUCCGGCGCUUCAAGAAACAGACGAAGACUCCGAUCCAGCCACUAAGCUCGCCACUGAUGUUCCGCGUAUCUCCCUCCAAGGCAAACCACCACCGCGAAACGCAGAGGGCAAGCAGGGUGUGUCUUUCGCUCGCGUUGUCUUGGCGGCCGUCAAGAGCUGCAUGCCCCGAGCAGGGGUGGACAAGAGCACCGGAGUGAAAGCUUCUAAACUCUCCAGCGCCGAGAUGGCGGGCGGUGGCGGAACAAUUAGCACUCGAGACGGUUUUUUCGGCCUGCACUCCCGUCCCGCUGUAGAGCCGGCGCCAUUUCCGGAUGAAGCUACGGGACGCAGGCUGGUGGAGAUCUACUUCGAUUAUGCCAACUGCCAGAUUCCCAUAUUGCAUCGAGGGGAAUUUGAAGGCUUGUUUGCGCAGGUGUAUACGAAGGAGCCGGCAAAGAGAACGCCGAGAGAGUUGUACUUGCUGACGAUUGUGUUUGCUAUCGGUUCCGGGAUUAUCAUGGAUUCUUCUGGUGGUGAUGGUGAAGAUGGGGUUGCAGAUGCGGAGGCACAGGGAAAGAAGAAGCGGCAGAGACGGAAGGGCAAAGAUCAAAAACACCAGCCCGAGGAGUACCACUCCAGCGCGGUGAUCUAUCUUGAGACUUUUCUCAGCUCCUCGCCCACAGCCCAACACAGCGGCCCGGGGUUGGAGGAGUUGCAAGCGGUCCUUUUGCUUGCGAGUUUAGCCUUGCUGCGGCCUGUCGCACCCGGUUUGUGGUAUAUCAUCGGCGUUGCUGUGCGCCUCGCAGUGGACCUCGGGCUGCACUCCGAGGAUAUUGAGCCGGAACUGGACGAGCAGAUUGACUCGGAUUCUCCAGAGCAACGUGUGCUUGGUCGCCGACAAUGGUGUCGUGAUCUACGGAGACGACUGUGGUGGUGUGUCUACGGCUUCGACAGACUGGUGUCUGUAUGUGUGGGUCGUCCGAUCGGUAUCACCGAUCAAGUUGUCACGACCGAGUUCCCAAGUCUUCUCGAGGACAAAUACAUUACGCCCAGUGGCUUUCUCAGGCCCCCGAGCACCGUGGAGUAUCCUACCUCUAAGCUCGUCUCGCAACAUUAUGUCAGACUACGCUUGCUGCAGUCUGAAAUUCUACAGGUCUUGCAAUACAAACAAGCCCAACACGCCCGCAUGCUCGGCGCCAACACCGGAAAUCCGUACAUCCACACAGACCUCGCCUCCCCAUUUAUGAGCCGCUUCUCUUCCUUCCGUGAAUGGCGGUGGGACAUUGACCAGAGGUUGCGCGGGUGGAAGGAGUCCAUUCCCGAAGCCAAACACAUCAAUGUCGGCUUCACUCCGCUGUUCUUCGAACUAAACUACUGGCAAGCCACCAUUUUGCUGUAUAGGAAUAGCCUGGCGGUACCUGAAGCUUUGGCUGCAGAAGUGCAGUCAUCAGCCGGCGGCGAUGUGCGCAGUCCCGGAGCCAUCCAUACCGAGAUGAAGGAGGAUGAACAACUAGUCUUUAUGAAAGUUGCCCAAGCCGGGCAAUGCGUUCUCAAGAUCUACCGCCAACUCCAUCGUCUAAAGCUCGUCAACUAUACCUUUCUUGCUUCCCAUCACAUCUUUAUGAGCGGCAUCUCCUUCCUCUACGCAAUCUGGCACUCACCCCUAGUCCGCGCACAACUGACUCUAGACGACGUCGACUUCACCAUACUCGUCGCCACCUCCGUCCUCACCGACCUCAGCGAGCGCUGUCCACCCGCGGAAGCCUGUCGCGACGCCCUAAUCCGCAUGAGCAAAGCCACCAUCGCCAUGGUCGAAAAGUCCACAGGCUUCGGCACGGCGUCCACGCUGAGUGCGCAACUCCUCGGUACGCCAGGGGAAUACUUCAGCAGCGACGUUGCCGUGUCUUCGCCCACCAUACCUGGACUUGCGUCCUCGUUGAAGCGUGGAAAGCAGUUUCGGAGAAUGACGAUGCCGAAAUUCGACAUGAAUCUCAAGGACUUGUUCUCCGAUGAGGAGAUUGCGAAUACGCGGGCAGGACACGCUCCUUUCGCUACCAGCACUCACGAAAACCGACCCGAACCAUCAAAUACGCACCCCUCCCAAUCCCCCUCCUACCCAACACCCUCCACAAAGCAAUUCCCCGCAUCAAAUAAUACCUCCUCCACACCACAAGACUACCUCUCCCUCCCCCUCCAAAACUCCAAUAACUCCAAUAACACCACCAACAACCCCUUCGACCUCGCUCCCUACACCUACCCCACCUCCACGAACCCCGACACAGACAUGACGGCCUUCCUCGACUUGACCUUCCCAAUCGCCGACCCCAGCAACUCCUGGGGCGCGAAUUCCUGGAGCGAUUUGAACAUCGGCACGGGAGGCGGGACAAGCAUGGCGGGGUUCGAGGAGGAGAGUUCGUGGGAUCAUGCGGCGGGAGUUGAUCUUUUUGGGGGCCUGUUCUUUGGAGGCGAGGGGGGUGGUGGGCCUUGGGAUGAAGGGAUGGAGUGAGUCGCGGAAGGGAUGGCGAUUGUAGAUCGUAUCAAAACAAAGUGUGCACAGUGUGCGAUAGCGAUAUGAGCGAACUGA